CGCAUUAUUAUAUUGCCUUUGAUUUAAUUAUCUUUCUCAAAAGUUCGUAGAGUUUGUGAUCGUAUAGGCUCGUUGCAUUCCUUUGUCAUGGAAAAUUACUGACAAUAUUUUUUCUGUUUUCAUGGGUUUUACUUGUUUGGUUUAAUCAAGUGAAUAAUACGUGUGUCUAAAAUAUGAUUACAAAAAUGCAACCUCAAGCUAAUGUGGCAGUGCCACAAUCUGUCACGACGCAACCUCAACAAAUAGUCGGUGUUCCUGCAAAUGCUGUGAUCUUAAAAAUGUCGGACAUACAACAAAUAUCUACUGUUGGACUCCUAGAAUUAGCACACCGAGAAUACCAAGCAGGAGAUUAUGAUAGUGCAGAGUUGCAUUGCAUGCAGUUAUGGCGACAAGAUGGCACCAACACUGGGGUCUUGUUAUUGCUGUCAUCAAUUCAUUUUCAAUGUCGUCGAUUGGAUAAAUCAGCUCACUUUUCAACCCUUGCUAUUAAGCAGAACCCUUUGUUGGCAGAAGCAUACAGUAACUUGGGUAAUGUAUACAAAGAGCGUGGACAGUUACAAGAGGCGUUGGAGAACUACAGGCAUGCGGUGAGGUUGAAGCCUGACUUUAUCGAUGGAUAUAUCAACUUGGCUGCAGCCCUUGUGGCGGCUGGAGACAUGGAGCAGGCUGUACAAGCUUAUGUCACUGCACUACAAUAUAACCCCGAACUUUACUGCGUUAGAAGCGACUUGGGCAAUUUGCUCAAGGCUCUCGGCCGGCUCGACGAGGCAAAGGCUUGUUACUUGAAGGCCAUCGAAACGAGGCCUGACUUUGCAGUGGCCUGGAGUAAUUUGGGUUGCGUUUUUAACGCCCAAAGUGAAAUCUGGUUGGCAAUUCACCAUUUUGAAAAGGCCGUGGCUUUGGACCCGAAUUUCUUGGACGCCUAUAUCAAUUUGGGCAAUGUACUCAAAGAAGCUAGAAUCUUUGACAGAGCUGUGGCGGCGUAUUUACGAGCUCUGAACUUAUCGCCAAAUAACGCAGUCGUCCACGGAAACUUGGCAUGCGUGUAUUACGAACAGGGCUUGAUUGAUUUAGCGGUCGACACAUAUAGAAGAGCGAUAGAGCUACAACCUAAUUUCCCAGAUGCAUAUUGUAACCUAGCUAAUGCUUUGAAAGAGAAAGGUCAAGUCGCCGACGCCGAGGACUGCUAUAACACGGCGCUCCGCUUGUGUCCCACUCACGCAGAUUCGCUCAAUAACUUGGCCAAUAUCAAACGUGAACAGGGUUACAUUGAAGAAGCGACCCGAUUGUAUUUAAAGGCUCUUGAAGUAUUCCCAGAAUUCGCAGCGGCUCAUAGCAACUUGGCCUCAGUACUUCAACAACAGGGAAAACUCAAUGAAGCACUCAUGCAUUACAAGGAAGCGAUCAGGAUCCAGCCGACCUUCGCCGACGCCUAUAGUAACAUGGGUAACACGCUCAAAGAAAUGCAAGAUGUGGCCGGAGCUUUGCAAUGUUACACCCGAGCUAUACAAAUCAAUCCAGCUUUCGCCGACGCGCAUAGCAAUCUCGCCAGCAUUCACAAGGACUCCGGAAACAUUCCCGAAGCUAUACAAUCUUACAGAACGGCAUUAAAACUGAAGCCAGAUUUCCCCGAUGCGUACUGCAAUUUGGCGCAUUGUCUACAAAUUGUUUGCGACUGGACCGACUACGAGGCGCGUAUGAAGAAGCUAGUCAGCAUAGUGGCGGAGCAGAUAGAUAAGAAUAGGUUGCCGUCUGUGCACCCUCAUCACUCCAUGCUUUAUCCCUUGACGCACGAGUUCAGGAAGGCGAUCGCGGCCCGACACGCCAACCUGUGCCUAGAGAAAGUCCAGAUCCUUCACAAGGCCCCGUACAAGUUCGGUCGUGAACUCCAAGGUCGUCUGCGCAUCGGUUACGUGAGCAGCGACUUCGGCAACCACCCGACGUCGCAUUUGAUGCAGUCGGUGCCCGGCCUGCACGACCGCACAAAGGUCGAGAUCUUCUGUUACGCCCUCAGCCCCGACGAUGGCACAACUUUCCGCUCGAAGGUCGCCCGCGAGUCUGAACAUUUUGUCGACCUGUCUCAAGUGCCUUGCAACGGUAAGGCCGCUGACAAAAUCUACGCGGAUGGAAUUCAUAUUUUGGUGAAUAUGAACGGUUACACUAAAGGGGCGCGGAAUGAAAUAUUCGCACUGCGACCCUCGCCGAUACAGGUUAUGUGGCUCGGCUACCCCGGAACCAGCGGCGCCAACUACAUGGACUAUAUCAUAACUGAUGGGGUCACCUCUCCUUUGGAGUUGGCCAGUCAAUAUAGCGAGAAACUGGCCUAUAUGCCUCACACGUUCUUUGUGGGCGACCACAAGCAAAUGUUCCCGCAUUUACAGGAGAGACUUAUCCUUAGCGAUAAAAUCAAAUCCCACAACAGCCUCGGCAUUCUAGCCGACAACGUGGCCGUUAUUAAUGCGACAGAUCUGUCGCCAUUGGUCGAGAAUACAGACAUCAAGGAGAUAAAGGAAGUAGUGCGAGCCGCCAGACCUUUAGAGAUUUCACUAAAAGUAGCUGAACUACCCACGACCACGCCUAUCGAAACUAUGAUUGCAUCAGGACAAAUACAGACAUCAGUAAACGGAGUAAUAUUACAAAACGGCUUGGCGACGACACAGACAAACAACAAGGCGGCGACGGGCGAGGAGGUGCCCCAAUCAAUUGUGAUCACAACAAGACAACAGUACGGCUUGCCAGAUGACGCUGUAGUCUACUGUAACUUUAAUCAGCUGUACAAAAUCGAUCCCCUGACUUUACAUAUGUGGGUGUACAUAUUAAAACAUGUCCCUAACAGUGUACUCUGGCUGUUGAGAUUCCCAGCAGUGGGUGAACCAAAUUUGCAGUCCACUGCACAACAAUUAGGUCUCCCUCCCGGCCGUAUAAUAUUCUCCAACGUGGCGGCGAAGGAGGAGCACGUGCGUCGCGGGCAGCUGGCCGACGUGUGUCUGGACACGCCGCUGUGCAACGGACAUACCACCAGCAUGGACAUACUGUGGACCGGCACGCCUGUUGUUACGCUGCCCGGAGAAACAUUGGCUUCUAGAGUUGCAGCUUCACAACUCAAUACUCUUGGUUGUCCUGAGCUCAUUGCAAGAACAAGGCAGGAGUAUCAAGAUAUAGCUGUAAGAUUAGGCACAGAUAGGGAAUAUUUGAAAGCGAUACGCGCGAAAGUGUGGACGGCAAGAACGGAGAGUCCACUAUUCGACUGCAAGGCGUACGCGACAGGCCUCGAGAUGCUAUACGCUCGGAUGUGGGCGAAGUAUGCACGCGGUGAGCGACCCGACCACAUACAGGCGGUCGACAAAUAGACCAAGCGCAGUCGCGCUGACAGUCCCGUCUGCAGGAAGCGCUGCCGGUGUUGACACACCUCUGUGUUGUGAAGAGAAAAGAGGAAUAAUAAAAACCUCCAUGGAGUUUCCAGCCAGUAGUGUAUACGUUAGUGAGAUGGAUCGCAAAAAGAAAGGUGUUUCAAUUUCUUGCAGUAUGGACUAGCAGUUUUGUUUCGCCAUAAGACGCGUAAGACUAUAGUGAAUAGUGUUAGAGUUUUAAUUUCUAGUUAUGUUAAUGUUUCAUUGGAAAGACUUUUGACAUCUGACAAUGGAUAAUGUGUGAUAAACUGGAUUCAGUAUUGGAUGUGGAGUUAGUUUUGUGUUGCGAUGACGUAUAAUGGGCUUACAGUUCCUCUAGUCAAAUGUCGCGUUAUAUUCGAGGUUAAUACCUCGAGUUGUAUCGCGGGUAAGCCUAUUUAUUCUACUUAGACACUGCAAAAUGGUGUAAAAGAAACCAGUGGCCUUUUAUUAAAGUUUGCAAUAAUUAGAUUACUAUUAGAGGUUUCAAGUGAUCUGUUCAUUAGGCUUUUGUCCAUUUGACAAAUUUGCUACUUUAGUGUAAUAGAUUUCAUAAUGGCCAUGUUAUCAUAUUUUCAUAUGAUUAUUAAAGGAACAUGUUUAUAAAUUUUGAACAUGUGUUGAUGAAGUAUACGGAUAACAAUAGCUAAUUCAUUGUUAUAUUUGCUGCCAUUGUUAGAAGAGUUGAUAUAGCACAGAUUAAAUAUUAACAGUAACAGAUACAGUAAAUACAUGUUACUGGCACAUUUUUGUUAUCUCAUUACACUUUUAAUCUUUUCAACUAAGCUUUGUAUAUAUUGGAAGCAGUAAAUAAUGAAACAUACCAAAAAUAUUUAUUACUCUUAAUUUUUGAAUCAACGUGAAACAAGACUGAACUUGGCACAACAAAAUGGCGUCGGUACACAACUUGGUAUGGUAACCAUAGUGUUGUGAGGAACUUUAUAUUUUUGGUAUGGUCAUGUUUUUUUUUAAUAAAUUUAAAAAAGCAUGCAUUUUGCAUUUUAAAGGAAAAAUUGAUUAGAACUUGCAUUAUUUGUAUAACAAAAUGACUAAACCCUUUUUGAAAUUAGUCAGAAAGACUAGAUUAUAAUAUUUAUUGACAUUUUUU